CAUGACUGAAUUUGGGACCCUGCCACUUUGUACGGAGAGUUAUGGCUCCCGCAGAGCUUGGCGUUACCAGCCCUUGCCUGAUGGGAAUCUGAGAUGUGUCCCAGACAGACCUGAAACUCAGGCAUACCGGUCACUACGGGAAGUCUUCAUGUCAGUCUUCCUACCUCAGGGUUAUCCUGAAAGUGUAAGCCCGGAUUAUCUUGCCUACCAGAUAUGGGACACUGUACAGGCCUUCGCCAGUAGCAUCACAGGGACGCUGGCCACCCAAGCUGUGCUGAAAGGGGUGGGAGUCGGGGACGAGACUUCAACCGUUGCCGCGGCCACCGUCACUUGGAUACUGAAAGAUGGGACAGGAAUGCUGGGGCGAAUUCUUUUUGCGUGGAGCAAGGGGAACAAACUAGACUGUGAUGCCAAGCAAUGGAGGCUCUUCGCAGAUGUACUCAACGAUGUCGCCAUCUUAAUGGAGAUCCUGGCACCGGCGUUCCCAGCAUGCUUCACUCUGAUUGUGUGCAUCAGUGGUUUUUUCAAGUGCAUUGUGGGAGUGGCCGGAGGUGCCACUCGGGCAGCCCUUACCAUGCACCAGGCCCGGCGGGACAACAUGGCGGACGUGUCAGCCAAGGAUGGGAGCCAGGAGACGCUGGUGAACUUAGCCGGCCUGCUCUGCAGUCUGUUCCUCAUCCCUCUCGUGGCUGACAACCUCCACCUGACUUACUCCCUCUAUGGCCUCUUCACCAUCUUGCACCUCUACGCCAACUAUCGGGCCGUGAGGGCUGUCUGCAUGGAGACUCUCAACCAGGCCCGGCUGCGCCUGGUUUUGCACCAUUUCUUGCGAUGGGGGAAGGUGCCGGGCCCUGCGCUGGCCAACCCUGAGGAGCCCCUGUUGCUAGGGUGUCGUCAACAACUGAGGCUGAUCCUGGGGGCUCCGCUCCACACAGUGGUCUCCAGCACAGCUGACUUCCAGAAAGCUCUUGAGGGAAACUCUUCAAACUACUUACUCUUCUUCAACCAACCAGCAGGGACAGUCUCUGUGAUUUUGCACCAACAGGCAGACAGCGUGGAUGUCAUUAAAGCCUGCAGCCAUGCUCUCAUCCUGGAGGCUCUGCUGUAUCAGGAUGUGGCAGCAUCCCCUGUGGAUAGAGAGUCUCUCUUGGAUCUGCAGCGUAGGUUACGAGAAGAGCAUUAUAAAAAGAACUGGACUACAGUUUCCGAAAUGCAUCAACUAUUGGACAGGAUAUUCCCCACAUUCCUGAUAGGGCUGAUGUCAGUGGGGUGGAUUACUGACCGGAACCUUCUAGGACCUGAGGAGUGGCGUGUGGACUGGACCGUGGAUGGGAAGAAAAAUCUUUGACUCUGGAGAUCAUUAGCAUUGAUACC